GAAUAGCACCAUUAGCAUAGAGCAAGAUCUCGACUUCCAGCAAACCUGUUCAUUCGAAAUGAUCAAACCAUUAAGAGACUCUAACGGCCUGCGAAAUUCCUUUCUUGAUGAAUCUCUGACACUACAAGGUCCACCACUUCCAGGAAUUCUGGAAAAAAAAAAGACAGGAGAUGAAAAGGGAAGACGUGUGAGAGAGCAAGCGAACGCUGGAGAGUAAGAUAGGAGCUGCUGCACUUUGUCCUGGACUUUUGAGCUGCUCUGUUGGUCGCUGCUGGAUGCUUUUUUGUCAGUCAGCCCCGUCUCCGUUGUGUCAUUGCAGUUGAGAGCUGAGCGCGAAGAGGGACCCGAGUGAAGAUGUCCAUCUCCACUCAACUGGGUCUGCUGCUGUGGAAGAACUUCACCUACAGACGGAGACAAACGCUCCAACUGCUGACUGAGAUUGUGUGGCCUCUCUUUAUUUUCUUCAUCCUGAUCGCCGUGAGGUUGUACUACCCGCCUUAUGAACAACAUGAAUGUCACUUUCCCAACAAAGCCAUGCCCUCAGCAGGCACCCUGCCCUGGAUCCAGGGCAUCGUCUGCAAUGCCAACAAUCCGUGCUUCCGCCACCCAACCCCAGGGGAAUCUCCCGGAGUCGUUGGGAACUUCAACGAUUCCAUAAUCUCACGCCUUUUUUCUGAUGCCAAGAAGAUCUUGUUGUAUAGUCAAAAUGACAAGAGCUUGGAUGGGUUCAAGGAGCUCAUCGACGCUGUAAAAGUCAUGCAAAAUAACACGGCCGGAUUCAAGCUGAAGGACUUCCUGCAUGAAGACGAGACCCUCUCUACCUUCCUCCUACAAAACGCCUCAUUUACAGAGAAUUAUGUUACGAAUAUUCUGGACGCUGAUGUGAAUCUUGAAAAGGUGCUGAUCAAAGGUUUUGGCGUCCAUCUCAGAGACAUGUGCAGCUCAAUCAAACUUGAGGAUUUUGUGACCAUCCCGGACACAAGUGUGGCCAGAUUCACUCAGGACAUGAUCUGCAGGUCUCCCAAAAACUGGCUGGACCAGGCCGAGAGUCACUUCAAGUCCAAUCUGGAUUUCCUCAAACCUGUCAGGUCAGAAAUAAGGACUAAUGCCACUGAUGUCCGUAAAGUUACCAAAGCCACAGACAACCUUCUGGAGAGCCUGGGAUCACUUGCUGUGGAGCUGGCCAGUAUGAGGAGUUGGAGUGACCUGCGAAACGAGAUCCUGUUUCUGACCGAAAAUGCCACUGGCUCCCCAAGUCUGAUGUACCAGGCUGUGUCCCGUAUCGUGUGUGGACACCCUGAAGGCGGUGGCCUCAAGAUCAAAUCCCUCAACUGGUACGAAGACAGCAACUUCCAGGCGCUGUUUGGCAACCACAACGACAGCGAUGACCAACCGGUUCCAGUCUACGACAACACAACCACUCCAUACUGUAACAGCAUGAUGAGGAACAUGGAAGCCAGUCCCAUCUCUCGAAUGAUCUGGAGAGCACUGAAACCUCUUCUUAUGGGGAAGAUUCUCUACACUCCACAUAGCCCUGCAACACAGAAGAUCAUUCAUGAGGUCAACAAGACAUUUCAAGAGCUCGGAAUUCUGCGAGAUUUAGGAGGAAUGUGGGAAGAAGCCAGACCGAAGGUUUGGAACUUCAUGGAGAACAGCAAUGAAAUGGAUCUAAUGCGGACACUUCUACUCAACAACCUCACGGCUAAUUUUUUUAGUGCCCAGUUGGCUGGGACUCAGUGGAGCGUAGAGGAUGUGAUAAGCUUCUUGUCCAAGCACUCUGAAGACACGCGUCCCCAAGGAACAGCGUUCACAUGGCGGGAUGUCUUCAAUGAGACCGACCAGGCCAUUAUGAGCAUAUCCCGUUUCAUGGAGUGUGUAAACCUGGAUAAGCUUGAACCCGUGAGCACAGAGGAGAAACUGGUGAACGAGUCCAUGAGCCUCCUGGAUAACAGAAAGUUCUGGGCUGGGAUUGUAUUCUUAGAUAUACCAUCUAACAGCUCUGAACUUCCACCCAACGUCAACUACAAGAUCCGCAUGGACAUUGAUAAUGUGGAACGCACAAACAAGAUUAAAGAUGGGUAUUGGGAUCCAGGUCCCAGGGCUGAUCCUUUUGAGGAUUUGCGGUAUAUUUGGGGAGGAUUUUCCUAUCUUCAGGAUGUGGUGGAGCACAGCAUCAUCAGAGCAGUUACUGGAUCCAAAGAAAAAACUGGUGUUUACAUCCAACAGAUGCCUUAUCCAUGUUAUGUAGAUGAUAUUUUUCUGCGCAUUAUGAGCCGCUCAAUGCCACUGUUCAUGACUCUGGCCUGGAUGUACUCGGUGGCCAUCAUCAUCAAAGGCGUCGUCUAUGAGAAAGAGGCCCGGCUUAAGGAGACCAUGAGGAUUAUGGGAUUGGACAACGGGAUCCUGUGGUUCAGCUGGUUUAUUAGUAGCCUCAUCCCUCUUCUCAUUAGCGCAGGCUUGCUGGUUCUUCUGCUCAAGAUGGGAAAUCUCCUGCCCUAUAGUGACCCUGGGGUCGUCUUCCUCUUCCUCGGGUCAUUUGCUGUAGUGACCAUCAUGCAGUGUUUCCUGAUCAGCACGGCGUUUGCACGUGCCAACCUGGCAGCGGCCUGCGGGGGCAUCAUCUACUUCACUCUCUACCUGCCUUAUGUGCUGUGCGUGGCCUGGCAGGACUAUGUGGGCUUCGCCGCCAAAGUCAUCGCUAGCUUACUGUCUCCGGUGGCGUUUGGCUUUGGCUGUGAGUAUUUUGCCUUGUUUGAGGAGCAGGGUGUGGGUAUUCAGUGGAAUAACCUCUUCUCCAGUCCCGUGGAAGAGGACGAUUACAACCUCACCACCUGCCUCAUCCUCAUGUACUUUGAUGCCUUCCUGUAUGGGGUCAUGACCUGGUACAUAGAAACGGUGUUCCCAGGACAGUAUGGCAUUCCCAGGCCAUGGUACUUCCCUUUCACUAAAUCCUACUGGUUUGGAGAGAACAGCACAAACAAUACUGCAAUACACGGAAAGAAGAGCAAUGCAGGGGCUGUUUGCAUUGAAGAGGAACCUACUCACCUUAAACUGGGAGUUUACAUUGAGAAUCUGGUGAAGGUCUAUCGCCAUGGUAAAAAGCUAGCCGUGGAUGGGUUGACACUUGGUUUUCAUGAAGGUCAGAUAACAUCCUUCCUGGGUCACAACGGAGCUGGCAAAACCACCACCAUGUCUAUCCUCACAGGCCUUUUCCCUCCCACCUCUGGCACUGCAUACAUCAUGGGCAAAGACAUUCGUUCAGAGCUGAGUUCAAUCAGGCAGAGCCUCGGAGUGUGUCCACAACACAAUGUCCUCUUCAGCAUGUUGACAGUAGAAGAGCACAUCUGGUUCUAUGCUCGCCUGAAGGGUCUGUCUGAGGAAGAAGUGAAAGCUGAGAUGGAGCAGAUCCUGAGUGACACUGGCCUUCCGCACAAACGCAAAUCCAGAACCAGCCAGUUGUCAGGUGGUAUGCAGAGGAAGCUCUCAGUAGCUCUUGCUUUCGUUGGAGGGUCAAAGGUUGUCAUUCUGGACGAGCCUACUGCUGGUGUGGAUCCAUAUGCUCGUAGAGGCAUUUGGGACCUUUUAUUGAAGUACCGUGCAGGUCGUACAAUACUUCUUUCUACCCAUCAUAUGGAUGAAGCAGACAUUCUGGGUGAUCGAAUUGCUAUCAUCUCCCAUGGAAAGCUUUGCUGUGUGGGCUCCUCGCUGUUUCUUAAGACUCAACUGGGCACCGGAUACUAUCUUACAUUAGUGAAGAAGAACACUGAGCCUUCUCUCAGUUCUUGCAGGAACUCAAGUAGCACUGUGUCAUUUGUUAAGAAAGAUGAUAAUGCAUCUGAGAGCAGUUCGGAUGCUGGUCUAGGUAGCGACCAAGAGAGCGAAGCAGCCACAGCAAUCGUUGAUGUAACCAUCAUUUCCAGGCUAAUCCUAAAGCAUGUUCCUGCUGCCCGCAUGGUGGAAGACCAAGGCCACGAGAUCACAUAUGUGUUGCCAUAUGAGUCUGCUAAAAACGGUGCUUUUGUUGAGCUCUUCCAUGACCUAGAUGAUCGGCUUGCAGACCUUGGCAUUUCCAGCUAUGGUGUCUCAGAUACUACACUUGAGGAGAUUUUCCUAAAAGUGGCGGAGGACAGCGGAGUCGACACUGAAAUGCUCUCAGACGGAACUCUGCCGGUGCGCAGACAGAGACGACAUGCAUUUGGUGCUGAUCACCAGAGCUGCCUGAAACCCCUGACCGAAGACGAUAGCUUUGACUGCAAUGAAUCUGAGGGUGAUCCAGAAUCCAAAGAAACUGACUAUUUGAGUGGGUCAGAUGGCAAAGGAUCAUAUCAGGUGAAAGGCUGGAGUCUGAAGAGGCAGCAGUUUGUGGCUUUAUUAUGGAAGAGACUGCUUUACGCUCGCCGCUCUAGGAAAGGAUUCUUUGCACAGAUCGUUCUUCCUGCUGUGUUUGUGUGCAUCGCUCUGGUAUUCAGUCUCAUUGUGCCGCCAUUUGGGAAAUAUCCCAGCCUGGCUCUUAAUCCCUGGAUGUAUGAAGAGCAGUUCAUGUUCUUCAGUGAAGAUGCUCCUUAUGACGUAAGCACACAUAAGUUGCUCAGAGCUCUGUUUGAUGAUCCUGGCUUUGGAACACGAUGCAUGAAAGGAGAAUCAAUUCCGGAUGCUCCCUGUACAAUGGGCGAUGAGGAAUGGUCUACACCAGAAGUGCCAGAAAGCAUAAUAGAGAUUUUAACAACAAGGAACUGGACUAUGAAUGACCCAUCGCCUGCUUGUGAGUGCAGCUGUAAUGGCAAAAAGAAGAUGCUCCCAGAAUGCCCUGCGGGUGCAGGCGGUCUCCCACCUCCUCAGAUUAAGAUCAGUGAAACUGAGACUCUCCAGAACCUGACAGGACGAAACAUCUCAGACUAUCUAGUGAAGACCUACGCACAGAUCAUUGGAAAAAGCUUAAAAAACAAGAUCUGGGUGAACGAAUUUAGAUAUGGAGGAUUUUCAUUGGGAGCCAGAAGCACUCAGGUACUUCCUCCAGCUGAGGAGAUUGACGACGCCAUCUCUAGAGUCAGGGAGAUCUUCCAACUGGGGAAGGACUCAGGAUCAGCAGCCGACCGUUUCUUAAAAAGCCUGUCUGCAUUUAUCAAUGGGUUGGACACUAAGAAUAAUGUCAAGAUUUGGUUUAAUAACAAGGGCUGGCACAGUAUUGGGGCCUUCCUCAAUGUAAUGAACAACGGUAUCUUGCGUGCAAACUUACCACCCGGUAAAGACCCCAGUGAGUUUGGCAUCACUGCGUACAACCAUCCACUCAAUCUGACCAAGGAACAGCUUUCUCAAGUGGCGCUGAUGACUACCUCGGUAGACGUGCUGGUUUCCAUCUGCGUGAUCUUCGCCAUGUCUUUCGUCCCUGCUAGCUUUGUUGUCUUCCUCAUCCAAGAGCGAGUGAACAAAGCCAAGCACAUGCAGUUUAUCAGUGGAGUUCAGCCAUAUCUCUACUGGCUGGCAAACUUUCUCUGGGAUAUGUGCAAUUAUGUUGUUCCUGCCACUCUGGUGAUCCUGAUCUUUGUGUGCUUUCAACAAAAAGCCUACGUUUCCGCCACCAACCUGCCUGUUCUUGCCCUGCUUCUGCUUCUAUAUGGAUGGUCCAUCACUCCUCUUAUGUACCCAGCAUCCUUCCUCUUUAAAAUCCCCAGCACUGCUUAUGUGGUUCUCACAAGCGUCAACAUCCUCAUUGGGAUCAAUGGCAGCAUUUCAACAUUUGUCAUGGAGUUAUUCGGAAAUCAUGAAAUUGGAGGAAUUAAUGACAUCCUGAAGAACGUUUUGCUCAUCUUCCCACAUUUCUGCCUGGGUCGAGGUCUCAUCGACAUGGUGAAGAAUCAGGCCAUGGCUGACGCUCUGGAGAGAUUUGGUGAGAACCGUUUCCGUUCUCCACUGGAGUGGGACAUGGUGGGUAAGAAUCUUUUCGCUAUGGCUGUGGAGGGUGUGGUUUUCUUCAUUAUCACCGUCCUCAUCCAGUACAGAUUCUUCUUUGAACCCAAGUCUUUAUGUCCUAAAUUGAGUCCGAUUGGAGAGGAAGAUGAAGAUGUAGCCAGAGAGAGGCAGAGGAUCAUGAGUGGGGCCGGACAGGGAGACAUUCUCGAACUCCGACAGCUCACUAAGGUGUACAAGCGGAAACAAAAGCCUGCAGUGGAUCGUCUGUGUGUUGGCAUUCCUCCAGGAGAGUGUUUCGGUCUGCUUGGUGUCAAUGGAGCAGGAAAAACCAGCACUUUUAAAAUGCUGACCGGAGAUUCUGUGGUCACCAAAGGAGAAGCGUUCAUAGCUGGGAAAAGUAUACUUAGGGAAAUCGAUGAAGUACAUCAGAAUAUGGGCUACUGUCCUCAGUUUGAUGCCAUCAAUGAUCUGCUAACUGGACGGGAACACCUGGAAUUUUAUGCUAUCCUGCGUGGUGUACCUGAGAACGAAGUUUGUGCGGUGGCGGAGUGGGGAAUCCGUAAACUGGGCCUGGUGAAGUAUGUGGACAAAAACGCUGGAAGCUACAGUGGAGGAAACAUGCGCAAACUGUCCACCGCCAUAUCACUGAUUGGAGCUCCACCAGUGGUCUUCCUGGACGAGCCCACCACUGGGAUGGACCCCAAAGCACGCAGAGCCCUGUGGAACUGCAUACACAGCGUCAUCAAAGAGGGCCGAUCUGUUGUUCUCACCUCACACAGCAUGGAGGAGUGUGAAGCUCUGUGCACCAGAAUGGCCAUCAUGGUGAACGGCAGGUUUCGCUGUCUGGGCAGCGUCCAGCACCUCAAGAACAGAUUUGGCGACGGGUACACCAUCAUUCUAAGGGUGGCAGGCCCUGAUCCCGACCUGCAGCCGGUGAUGAAGUUCAUCGAAAGCGAACUUCCAGGGAGCACGCUGAAAGAGAAGCACAGAAACAUGCUGCAAUAUCAGCUGCCUUCAUCACUCACAUCCCUCGCUCACAUCUUCAGCAUCCUCGCCAAAAACAAAGAGUUCCUGCGGAUAGAGGAUUACUCCGUCUCCCAGACCACACUAGACCAGGUGUUUGUAAACUUUGCGAAGGACCAAAGUGACGACCACUCGGACAGCUCAAUCAGCCGUAAAGGGACGGCGGUGAACAUGGCCCUGCUGACUCCGCUGUCCACUAAAGACAGCCUGGAGAAGCCCAUGGAGAGCUUCGUAUGAGCCGGACUCUCUCUUUACACUACAUGCCAACGGGAGCCAGUGGAGUCCACACAUUUCACAUCUUUUUUAUUUUUUGUGGCCUUCGAGCUGCAGUCUGCCCUCCUGAUCCUCAGGCUGGAGAUAAACCCGUGAGAGGCAGACGCCAAAUGCAAGUCAAUGCAAAAAAAAAAAAAAAAGAAAUCAGAAAGACUUCUUGCGUUUCUAGCAUGGCGGAAUUCAAAGCAUGCUAGUCGCGACGUUAAAACUUGAAGCCAUCAAUUCUGGUGUGUUUAGCGACAGUCGUCGAUUAUUUGAGAUAAUCGGCCUGAUGGGGGGAAAAUGCCAAUGAUCAAUCAUUCAGGGGUCCGUGUGUUUGCAUUUUAUUUUUUCGUAAGAAAACUGGAAAUCACGUGCUGAAGAAUCAAUUUUUUUGCACGGAAAACCUCCAAAUCGUACCUAUUUUGGAAAUGAUUAUGUUCGUGAUGUGUCUUUAUUUAUAAACAAGCCAUUGUUUUAGAUGUUUUACAAAAGGGCAUUGUUUUAUUUUACUCCUAAAGUGCCUUGCGAUAACUUUAUAGUAAACACAAAAUAUUUGUGUGCGGGCGAAAACAAAAACGAUUGAUUUAUUAUUAUUAUUAUUAUUUUUAAAUAAAGUAAGCUUUAAAGUUACACCGUGUAACAAAUACCUCGAAUGACAGCAAAUCACUCAAACAACUGAGAAGAAAAUCAGUUCAAACAAACCAAUCGUGUGCCUUCUUUGGGAAAAAAAAGAGGCGUGUCCUGUGAGUCUAUUAUUGAUGGACCAAUAAGAAUACAGAGCUUCCAGCUGUAUUAAAUUGAGUACAGUAAGGGUGAUCGGUCCGUUUUCAUCAUUGAAUCAGUAUUUUGGAUCUCUUUGGGAGAGGCGACAGCAAUGUCAACCUUUCAUCCGAGCACUUUACUUGCUGCGUUAAUUGAAAAUUUUGAUUUAAUGUCAAAACGUGUUAAUCUCUUUGCACUGGAUUUUCCACAGACAAUGUUUUUGCCGCUUUUUUUUUUUUUUUUCCUCAGUGACCGUUUAGUUUCGGUUUGGGUUCGAACAAAGUGAUUGCAAACCUAAAAGGACAAACGUUUUAGCACCACCGUUAUGUUGCUCAUUAAUAUCUGUUUACAUUUCAAACUUAUGGCUGUGGAAUGUCUGUUACUCGUCUUGUACACUUACUGUAUUUACACAAUAAAACACAACAGUUCUACAACCCUAA